AUGCAGAGUCAACCGCCAGCAUCUCAAUCCAGUCGCAUUGUGAGCUCUCUACGCAUGGGAAGUGCUGAAUUCCUAGCCACAGUCAUGGGCUCCACCAACAACUGGGACCUGACCAAGAAGCUGACUCUGGUCGAAAGUGAAUUCCAGGACCUGCUGAUAAACGACAGCGACUACAUGGAAUACAAUGGGAGCAAUACCUGUUGCUUCACACCACCCUGCAGUCACACCCAUUCCUUCAACCAGGUCCUCAUGCCCAUCUUCCACAGCCUGGUGUUCAUGCUGGGGCUGCCGGGGAACUGCCUGGUGAUGGCUGUGCUGCUGCCCUGCCGGGGCAGCCUGACCAGCACCGACAUCUUCCUCCUGAACCUGGCUGUGGCUGAUGUGCUGCUGGUGCUGACGCUGCCCUUCUGGGCUGUGCAGGCCGUGCACGGCUGGGUUUUCUCCCAGGGCACCUGCAAGCUGGUGGGCUCCAUCUUCAACAUCAACUUCUAUGCCAGCAUCUUCUUCUUGGUGUGCAUCGGCGGUGACCGGUACUUCUCCAUCGUCCACGCGGUGCACGUGUACCGGCACAGCCGGGCCCACCUGAUGCUGCUCACCUGCGCCGUGGUGUGGGUGGCCUGCUUCCUCCUCACCCUGCCCGACUUCUACUACCUGAGUGCCUGGGAGGAUGACCGCCUCAAUCGCACCGUGUGCUCCAAAGAAUUCUCCAUUCAACAUGCCCGGAAAUGGCGUGGGUGGCUGGAUGGCUGUUCCCAGGUCCUGGGCUUCCUGCUGCCACUGGUCGCCAUGCUGUUCUGCUACACCAGCAUCAUCAUCACCCUGCGGCGCUCCCAGGGCUUCCACAAGCACCGGGCCAUGCGGCUCAUCCUGAGUGUGGUGGGCAUCUUCUUCCUGUGCUGGACGCCGUACCACCUGGUACAGCUGCUGGAGACUCUCAUCGACCAAGAGGUGCUGUCCCGCGACUGUGCCUGGGAGGAGGGGGUGGACACAGCCCUCUCCGUGACCUCCUUUUUCGGCUAUCUCCACUGCUGCCUCAACCCCCUGCUCUACGCCUUCGUCGGCGUCAAGUUCCGUGGCAAGCUCCUGGAGCUGCUGGCUCGCACCGGGUGCAUCAGCCGGGACCUGCUGAGGCGGAAGGGCAGCCUGCCGGCCCUGCGCCGCGACUCCAUGUGGUCCGAGACCACUGAGGCCUCCAACUCAGGGCUCUGAGGGGGCCCUCCAGGCGUCAGGAGGAGGACAGUGACCCUGGCCUCUCUCUCCAGGGCCUUGAAGGAGCAUCCCAAGACAGUGUUGCCUAGAAAUCUUCAUGUGCCAGCUGCCUGCACAGUACCUUUUCCUGGUGGGGCCAGGGCUAGGCAAAGUGGGACCCAGAAGGAGCAGGGCACAACACAGGGGUCAGAGCCCCUGCCUCUCAGCUCAGGGCCCGCUGCUCCAACCCUAGCUGGGCUCUCAUGCCCCUGAUGCACCCCUCUACACAGUGGCAUUCCCGAGAAAAUGUUAGCAACCACCUCCCCCAACCCACACCCUCACAUGCUUUCCCCCACAGACCUAGUGCAACGCUGUAAAUUAGCUGCUCUGGGCAGCAGGCAGGGAAGCCCCCUGCUCCUCUGCCCAUUCUGGGGCACUCCCAUGUUCAGGCUCUGGGCACUGCAGAAGCUAAGAUAGCAAUGAGAGGGUCAAAAAGGCCAGGGCCUGCCAGGGUAUGUGGUCACCCUGAGUCUCCCCAGCUCAUCGCCGGCCCUUACCCUCUGGCCAGACACCCCUCACUUCCCUUGGAGCAGGGGGUGCCUGCUCCAGCCCGGUGCAUAAAACACGAUCCAGCCCGCUUUCUGCACCAUCUUCUGUGUUCGCUCCGGAGAGGCUGCAGCCCACCAGCAGCCCCGGUGUGGUGCUGCAAGACGUGAUGUGGGGGCACAGACUGCCGGCAGCACUGGGGCACUGGUGCCACCACUCUGCAAGGAACUGCAGCGGCUUCACAACUCGUUUCUCUUCAGCUUCGUAUUGUGGUUUUAACACAUUGAUUUAAAAAAAA